CCCGUUGAGGAGAUCCGACGGAAUAAAGCACGGCGUUCAGAUAUCCCGUGCGGCAGUCAUUUCAGUGCGCCAACACUCCGUUGGCGAGGCCUCACCUCCGUAGUACGAACCAUUCCCCCCCAGCAUACUACUGACGCCGUCAGACAGCUUCCACUAGCAUCCUAAUAGUAUCCCUUAGCUUCCUACCAUCUCCCAUCAGGUCAAAAGCAUGGGCUCCCCGGAAAAGUCAGAGAGAAAAACUUCGGCCGCCCGACUGGCGUAUCCGCCGCUGCUUCUCCUGCUGCUUGUCUCGUUAAUAGCAGCCCCGACAGAAGCAAUUCAUCGCCCCCGCCGCCUCAUGCGGAGCCUGGAAGCCAUUCGCUCCGCUCUUCCCGCCGCACUCUCCGCUGACGUCACGGCGUCCCUCACAUCUGAAUUCCUGCCGUCAGCGAAGUCGUGGCACCCCGCGAUCCGCCGGCUGAUCACGGCGAUCGGAGGUGCACCAGCCGCGUCAGCCGUAACCCCCAAGGCGAAAGGCGCUAACGUGGCACCCGGCGGCAAGGAACCUCCAACUGUCACUUCCGAGAAAAUCGUGGGGAAAGGGGAGUCGGCGAGCGGCGACGGGAAUAGCACACGCCAAGGUAACCCCGGACGCCAGGAUAGCCCCGGGCGUCAAGGUAACCGCGCCGGGGGACGAGACAGCAAGGACUCGCACGGGAGCGGCGGCGAUAGCAACGGCCAUGGGCACAGGCAAGGCGGCCCUGGCGGCUGCUCCGGCGGCCAUAACAGCGGCUCGCCCCCCGAGUGGGCCCCUCCCUCGCGCCCCUCCCCGUGCCCGCAUCCACUCCCCGGCGAUCACCCCCCCCCUCGCCUGUCGCCGCUCCCCGUCGCUUGCCCCGCGCGCCCCGCCAUGUGCGACUUCUUCUUUGACGGCCUGACGGACGACUUGCCGGUCAUCAGCCUGUCCGUUGACUUGAUCGCCGCUAGCCGGCAAAUUCCCAUCGGCCCGUCGGCCAUCGUCGCCAUGGCCGGCGGAUCCUUCGUGGAUGUUUCGCGCGUGGAGGGGAGCUACUCUCGCGCCGUGUGUUUGGACAAGCCAGCGGAAAAGCCGGCGCCAGUCACGGCGAUAGGAAUGUGGCAGGGCAAGAGCGCGGAGGCUUCGCAGAAGCUUCUGCAGGAGCAGCUUAUUCUGCCCCAGGGGAUGUUUCAGCUGCGCGGGAACGGAGAGGUGCUGUAUGGCGGUGCUGACGUGGCGGGCUGGGACAAUUCCACGUGGCUGGCGGCGGCUGGGAGCCCCGAAGGCGUCACUGUGAGCGUGCAGAUUGAUGAGGCUACAGUAAACCUGUUUGGGGUCAAUAUCGAGCUUGACAUUACCGAGGAUGGAUCGUCCACCUCGGAGAAGCACGAGGUCCCUGGCGCCGCGGCGCAGAUGGCGCUGCUCGAAACAUCCUCGUUAGUAACCGACCCGCCUGCCGUCUUCCCAGCAGCAGCGGAGAGUCAAACUCCACACAAGGAGCCGUCAGGGUGGCCUGAGCGCGAGCCAGCUCCCCCCAGGCGCCUAGCAGCAGAGGCGGAAGGCGCAAGUGGCGCGAGUGGCGCGAGUGGCGCUGGUGGCGCUGGAGAUGACUCGGUGGAUGGGGCGGCGGCGACCCAGUGGCAGGAGAUGAUGAUGAAUGCCGGGGUCGCGGCAAUCCCUGAGGCUCGGCGGCCGGUGCUGCCGCUGGUGGCCGCUAUAGCCACACCGGAAAUAAGUGACGCCUCCCCUGCUAAAGCAGGUACCGCUGGUGCUGCUGCUGGUACUGCUGGUGCCGGUGGUGCUGCUGCUGCUAAUUCUGGCGCAGGUGGCGAUGAGGGGGAAAGUGCGGGCAAUGUGGAUUGGGUGGUGAAGCACAACUGGUUGAACCAAGCGGGCGCCAGUGCUGGGGAUUCUGAGAAGGUCAAUGCCAAGAAUCCUGCUGGUAACGGUGCUGCUGGUAACGGUGCUGCUGGUAACGAAGCUGCUGGUAACGAAGCUGCUGGUAACGAAGCUGCUGGUAACGAAGCUGCUGGUAACGAAGCUGCUGGUAACGAAGCUGCUGGUAACGAAGCUGCUGGUAACGAUGCUGCUGGUAACGGUGCUGCUGGUAAUGGUAUCACUGCUAAUGGUGCUGCUAGUAAAGGUGCCGCUGGUAACGGUGCUGCUAGUAACGGUGCCGCUGGUAAUGGUGCUGCUGGUAAAGGUGCCGCUGGUAAUGGUGCUGCUGGUGAUGGUGCUGCUGCUAACAGCACAGGGACGAGCAACACAACCAAGGGUACCGAGAGCAGCAGUAAAAUUGCAGGUGACAAGCCAAGUGAAAACAAUGGAUCUACGGGUGGAAGCAGCAGUGGCAAUAGCAGUGGUGGUGGCAGCAGCGAAGGUGCUGCGGGGGUCCCAGACCAGCAGCAGCAUGAUUCGGAGGAAAAUAGCCGUUUCUACUUUCCCAUGCACCGCCGGUGCAUUUUAUUCAGAGUCAAGAUUGUUUGACCGGUGAAACCUUGUUAUCUUGUUGCAUGGGAUGAGAUCUUGGUGUCUCUCGCAACUACUAUGCAGCGUUUUAAAAAAUAAAUAUUCCAUUUUGUG